AUGGCCGACAACUACGCUCCCGCCGACAACUACACUCUGUCCGGCCACCACUCUAACGGCUCGGCUAACCUCAACCCUGGCUCGACUAACCUCGAUGCCCUCAAGAACAAUGCUGCUUCUGCCUACGAUGCCGUAACAAAGGGCCCUGUCGCCCAGAACGUCGCCGACCAAGGCGCCAAGACUGUUGACGAGCUCUCCAACCUUUCUGCGUCUCGCCGCACUCCCUCGACCCCCGCGGCUACUGGCCAGCCCUUGACACAUUACCACUCCUUCUUCUCCGAGCUGUUGUCAUGGAACAACCCUCGUGCCUCCGCCAUUGCUUACCUGAGCGUCGUUGCUGGCAUCUUCUUUGUUAGGUACUUUGAUGUGCUCCGCUUGGGUUUCAAGCUCACCUGGAUGGUCCUUGGUGCCACCGUUGCCGCCGAAGUUGCCGGCAGGACCGUUCUCAACCAGGGCCUCACCACUCAGCUGCGCCCGCGCAAGUAUUAUACUGUUUCCAAGCAGACUCUUGACAGCGCUAUUGGCGAUGUUCACGAGCUCGUCAACUUCUUCGUCAUCGAGGCUCAGCGCGUCCUCUUCGCUGAGAACGUCUACGUUUCCGGCCUCGUUGCCCUCUCCGCUUUCUUCGCCUAUUACCUCGUCAAGAUCGUUCCCUACUGGGGUCUUGCCCUGGUCAGCACCACUCUCGCCUUCCUCGGCCCUCUCGUCUACAAGACCAACAAGGAGGUUAUCGAUGCCCAGCUUCACCGUGCUAGCGACGUCAUUGGCGCCCAGACUGCUCAGCUGAAGACCGUCGCUCAGCAGAACACCGAGAAGGCUACCCAGUUGACCAAGCAGUACGUUGGCGAGUAUACUGCCAAGGCCCAGACCCUCGUUGGCAAGGCUACUCCUGCUUCUCUCUCCGGUGAGGAUCACACCAACGGUCAUGCCAACGGUCAUGCCGACAACCUGUCCACCCUCCGUGAGGCCGACUUCCCUCCCGCCCCCCGUGCCGACAUCAAGACCGAGCUUGCGGCUCCUAUCGAGCCUGUUGUUGCCGUCCCCGUUACUGUCAAGAGCGGUGAGCAGCAGCCUCUGCUGAUUUAA